CUUGAGGGGUGUUGAUCAGGAGACAUUGGCUAGGCUUGGGACUGCGAUCUGCCGCAGGUGUAGAGAUCCUGUCAUGGGUAUACUGCAAAUCCGGAGAGGCGCGGCCUUGUUGGCCGAUCCCGAAGGGGAGGUCUACCUAGUUACAGGGAUUUUUGGGAUAGAGGGACAGCACGAGAUCUGCGACCGGAACCGAGUACUGGUGGCAGUGAUCAGGGCAACACGAUGGGGCCACAACCGACCACGAGGAGGUCGAGAAGUGGACCGACGAGACGACUCGCGCGGACGGUAUGACCGCGGGGGAUACGCGAGAGAACAGCGCGACGAUUGGCGAGGGUGGUACAGCCGAGGAGAUCGGCGCGAUGAGACACGCGGGCGAUACAACGCUGGGGACUGCCGAAACGGUUCACGGGGACGAUAUGAGUCAGGGGGAUCUGGGAGAGACCGCCGCAACGAUUCGCGCGGUCAGAAUGAGAGAGGGGGAUAUGGCGCCUCAUCAGAGCCGUAUCCCAAGUCGCUUGACCCUAGAGCAGUGAGAGGUUCGACCUCCAGAGGCAUAGACGACAGGCCGCCCACUCCCAGGAACUCUUGCGUCUACUAUAGAGGAGAUGAUCAUAUCAAGAGAGAUUGCCCGGACCUCCAACGGGCAAUAAAUGACGGACUUGUCGUGCUUGACGACCGCAAGUACGUCAAGUGGGCAGACGAUCUGGGAGAUGUAUCGAUGUUUCCUUCGAUGAAGGAGAAUGUCGAAGCAAAGAAAGUAAAGCCGAAUAAAGGAAAGGAGCCGGUUAGGAGCCAGAGCAUCAAGAUAACUUUCGAAGGACAUAUGGCGACCACACCCAUAAGGGUGACAACUACCAAGUCCGCGAGAGGGUCUACAUUGAAGAAGACCGACACGGAUUGCGUGAUGGUGGAGAAGGAUGGCGGACAGUGGAUCGAUGGAGAGGAGGUUAUUCUUUCGCCGCGAAAGCGGGGAGUAAAAAAGUUCUUGAUGAAGAGUUCGCUGGAUGAGAUUGACACGGUCGAGCCACUGAGAUGGGCCCUUCGGCAGCCCAUGCAAUGCUCUAUUAUGGAGUACCUGGCGACAUCGAAGCCGACUCGCGAUGAGUUGCAGAUGAUCAUGCGGAAGACUCGCAUACCUCUAUCAGAGGAGGCUCAGGGGGUCCCUAAGACGGAAGCUCCUACCGUAGCAGUAACGGGGGGGACUGCCACAGCGGAUCGCAUGGCGACAAUCCUUCUUGAUGGGAUGGAAGGUGUGCCACCAGACAAGUUUUACAUACUUGGUAGUGGGGCCGUGGAGACGAUCAUAAACGAUGGAGCGGUACUAGUUGAUGUGAUCGAUAACGGCAGUGAGGCUGUCAUUAUAGACGAGGAUCUGGCAGUAUAGGUUGGACUGAGCCUCGAUAGGUCAUAGAGACUACUGAUGGGAGAAAGCAACAGAUCACUGGGGUUUGUCACAAGGUAGCCAUAAAGGUCCAAGGGGUACGAGUGACCCUGCCCGUCCUUGCAGUCAAGAACUGCAACUCCGAUCUGCUCUUGGGACGAACGUGGUUGAGCCACGUGCAUGUGGUGACGAUGGAGCGACCAGAUGGGAGCCAGACAUUGUCCAUUAAGAAGCUAGAUGGGACGCGAGUUAUGAUUGAGACGGUGGAGCCUCGGGACCCGAGGAACAGAGCAGCUUUCGCAGUGGGAGCAAGACCCAGUGAUCAGAUUAAGUCAUUACCUAUCUCUGGCCGCGCGGUGCGAUUUCGC